AUGUCCUCGACUGGUUUUAGUGACAGAACUAGCGAUGGCUCACUGAAGCAGCGAAACGUAUCCAAGAUUGACCAGAUUUCGGACUCAGAAGCUGAGGAUGCACCCAAAGAUAUAAAGGUGCAAACCAGCCCUCUGGCUCACUUGGAAAGCAUUGUGAUGCCCAUCGUGUUCACGCUCCUAGGGUUCUUCACAAGGAUGUACAAAAUCGGCGUCAACAACCACGUUGUGUGGGACGAAGCGCAUUUCGGGAAAUUCGGUUCGUACUACCUGAGACACGAGUUUUACCAUGACGUGCACCCCCCUCUUGGCAAGAUGCUGGUGGGUCUAUCAGGCUGGAUUGCUGGUUACAAUGGCUCAUGGGACUUUCCCUCCGGGGAGGAGUACCCAGAAUACCUGGAUUAUGUUAAAAUGCGGAUCUUCAACGCUACGUUUUCUGCGCUCUGUAUCCCUGUUGCUUAUUUUACUGCGAAGGCAAUUGGUUUUUCCCUGCCAACUGUUUGGCUAUUCACAAUCUUGGUUAUUUUUGAAAACUCUUACGCGACCCUGGGAAGAUUCAUUCUGCUGGACUCCAUGUUGUUGUUCUUUACUGUGACAUCGAUGCUCUGCUUCGUUACCUUCCAUAACCAGAGAUCUAAGCCAUUCUCCAGAAAAUGGUGGAAAUGGCUUCUGUUAACAGGUUUAUCACUAGGCUGUGCCAUCUCGGUUAAAAUGGUCGGUCUUUUCAUUAUCACUUUGGUUGGUAUCUACACUGUGAUCGACUUGUGGACCAUGCUGAGCGACAAAGGGGUUUCCAAGAAAACCUAUGUCAACCACUGGCUAGCUAGAAUUUUGUGCUUGAUUAUUGUUCCAUUUUUGGUUUUCCUUGCUUGCUUCAAAGUUCAUUUUGACUUACUGUCUCACAGCGGUACUGGUGAUGCUAAUAUGCCUUCUCUUUUCCAAGCUGGUUUAGUGGGCUCCGACGUUGGAGUUGGCCCACGUGACGUUGCAUUAGGCUCUUCUCAUGUUAGCAUAAAAAAUCAGGCUUUAGGCGGCUCUCUGCUGCACUCACACGUCCAAGGUUUCCCAGAGGGCUCUAACCAGCAACAGGUUACUUGCUAUGGUCACAAGGACAGCAACAAUAAUUGGAUUUUUGACAGAAUUAGACCACUUCCAUUUUGGACUGAGGAAGAAACUGAAAUUGAGUAUGUUGUGCCAGGUGAGUCCUAUAGAUUGGUUCAUCCUAACACAGGUAAAAACCUGCACACUCACCCCAUUCCUGCUCCAAUUUCCAAGUCUGCAUGGGAAGUUUCGGGCUACGGUUCAGCCACUGUUGGCGACCCUAAAGACCACUGGGUUUUGGAAGUUGUAGCACAAUAUGGGUCUGAGAACCAGUCCCGUGUGCAUCCAUUGACGUCUUCGUUCCGUAUAAAGAACGCCGAGCUUGGCUGCUAUUUGGCUCAGACGGGAGAAUCUUUGCCUGAGUGGGGUUUCAGGCAGAGCGAAGUUGCCUGUUUGAAGAAUCCCUUCAAGAGAGACAAGAGAACUUGGUGGAAUAUCGAAAGUCACACGAAUGAAAGAUUGCCUGAUAGACCAGCAGAUUUCCAGUACCCAAAACUGAACUUCAUCAAGAAUUUCAUUCAUUUGAACCUGGCUAUGAUGGCAACCAACAAUGCUUUAGUUCCUGACCCCGACAAAUUAGACACAUUAGCUUCAUCUGCUUGGCAAUGGCCAACUUUGAAUGUUGGCAUCAGACUCUGUGGAUGGGGAGACGAAACCGUGAAGUACUUUUUGAUGGGUUCUCCAGCUUCCACAUGGCCUUCAACCGCUGGUGUUCUGGCUUUUAUGGUUUUAGUAGUUGUACUCCUUUUGAGAUGGCAAAGGCAGUAUGCUGACUUCUCAAGCCCACGCGACUUCAACCUAUUUAUGAUGGGCGGUUUCUACCCAUUGUUGGGGUGGGGCUUGCAUUUCAUGCCGUUUGUCAUAAUGAGCAGAGUCACUUAUGUGCACCACUACCUGCCCGCCUUGUAUUUCGCAUUGCUGAUUCUCUGCUACUUAUUUGAAGCAGGUUUGAAAAACCUGCAAAAACACAAGGGGGGCCGUUUAGCAAGAACCCUCAUUUACUUCACCUAUGGUGCUAUUGUAAUUUGCGGGUUUUACUACUUUUCUCCCAUUUCUUUUGGCCUAGUCGGUCCUUCAAGCAAUUACGCCUACCUGAACUGGAUCAAGACCUGGACAAUCAAAUAG